UGACAUGUUGACUUUUUUGUUGCUGUAAAUUGUAAACGUUAAAUAUCUCUUAAAAUGUAAUAAAACAAUAAUUUGCCUAAUUAGAAAUGCAUUUUCCAACGUGACUCAUACCAGACUCUAUAUAACACUAUAACCAUCAUAAUAAAGUCUCUCGAAAUGUUUACAAAGAGAAACCUAGUUGAUAUCAAGAAAUCAACAUCGAAAUUGCAAGACCCAAAAAAGGACGUCGCUACCAGAGUUAAACACCUAAAAAUUAUAUUAGAAAAUGUAGAUAUUGCUGAAGCCAAGGGGUUAUUUGAAGCAAAUUUCAGCCACAUAUACAAUGUCCUAUAUGAAAGUUUUGUGCAAACAGAAGGCAAUCUCAGGCAAAGAGAGCUGUCCUUUCACUUGGUCCACAAAGCUCACAAAGAGGAACUAGAAUGCACACUGUGGAUACUGGAGCAAGUAUUGUGUCUGCUGCCAGAAUUGAUUCACAGAAGAUGGCAGCUACACUCAUUAGGAAGGAUGCUGGGAAAGCUGUUGCAUCUGGGGAAUGCCAUCAAGCUGAGGAGGCAGGGGAUUCGAUAUUUUCUCAUGUGGUAUCAAGCCUUAAAUGAAAACGCCCCCCAAUACGUCCAUCACAUGUUCGCGAGCAUCGUACCCGGUUUUUACCCUCCUGCUCCACCCUACAAUCCGCCUCUCUCUCCUCCCGACCCUCAUCAACCAGUAGGGCCAUCGGAGUUGCUUCCCCUUCUACCGCCUAGUAGUGGGGAGCGGCCACCCGAUCAUCCUGGCAGGUUCUAUCUGGAAGCUUUGCUGGAGUACAUGGUACAUACCACAGUAAAGCUAGAGUGGCAGGAUAAAGCUGCCUAUCAUCACAGGUGUUUCAAUUUCGUAUUGGAAAAAUUCAAAAUGUACUACCUUCCAAAAAUCUGUCCAAAUUUCUGCCAGGAAACUUCACUGUACAGACCAAACUUAGAACUACCAGUAAUGCGAAGAUUGGACAGCGAAAAUGAAGCGGUACAUUGCCGAGUGUCGUUGAUAAUGUGGGUGACAAAUUACAUGCAUCAAGCAAAGAAAAAUAAUGAAGGGGGAGGUGCUGGUCCACCUCAAAAUCAACAGUUCCAACCAAGUCCUCAACAGCAGCAUUACCAUCCCACCCAUGAAGAAGAAUCUCAUGAUUCUGCUCAUCCCAGCUUGGAUUCAACUAUUUCAAUACAGACUAACAAGACGACAACUGAUGAGGAAUUAGCAGCUCAGAUUGUUAGAGAAGUUUUGUGUAGUACAAGAGAUAAUGUUGAUUUUAUCCAUGAGCUAUAUCGUCAGGCGUUACUUUUGAAUUUUACGCAUGUGGUGGCUAUCCGGAAAAUUAUCGCUGUCUAUAAAGACCUCAUACAGGGUAAUGUAUUAGAAAUACCACCAUAUGCUUUGGAGUUGCCUGAGGAUAUGCAAAGAAAUCCUAGUGAUGAGCUUAAUCCAGAUAUUGUUCGACCUGGUAGGUUGAGGAACGACUCCUAUCUUGGAGCCAUCCAUAAGGAAAAUCUUCUAGUCAGAGCGGGAAUGCAGAAUUUGUUCCAGCUCUUUAUGACACACGCAGCUAAUGUAUUUCUACUAGAAAUCAACUCACAUGUGCCUAGGAUGCUUGAAGAGCAAACUGAUGCUUGCAAGAGGGUUUUGAACAUUUAUCGAUAUAUGGUUAUGAAUACACGAAUGGAUAACAAUACGUGGGAACAACUGCUACUGGUGCUAUUACAAAUAACAUCCUUGGUGUUAGGCGAGAAUCCUCCUAAAAAGAAAGCAUCUUCUUUGGGUGGAAAACUAGCUCCAGCAAUAUUCCAAACACUCAUUGUCACUUGGAUCAAGGCAAACUUGAAUGUGAUGAUUUCGAGAGAGUUGUGGGACAGGUUUUUGCAUGUGUUGACUUCAUUGACAAACUGGGAAGAACUUAUUAAGGAGUGGGCUAAAACUCUGGAAACUUUGACAAGGGUCCUAGCUCGUCACGUGUAUAACCUCGAUCUAACCGACCUACCGCUUGAUCGCCUGAAUGAAAAGACAAAAAGGGGCAGAAAGGGUCCCAUAAAGACUGAAAAUAACAUUCCAAGUAAUAGUAACGGUCAACAUUCGUCCGUGUGCAGGCAAGAUUCGUCAUUACCUGAUGGCCAUUGCAUUUCUAAAAGGUCUCGUGCAGCUAUUCCAAGAAGUUAUAGCGAAACUUCUCUGACAUUGAAAAGGAGGUCAACUUUAGUGAAGCAAGAAGUUGUAAAUAACAAAAACCGCCGUUCCCGUUCACUAGAAACCCUCUCCGCAGCUAUAGGAGCCGCUUCCCAACACGACGCCGAUUCCGCAGAUUGUACACGGUCUCCUAGUCCUGCACCAUCUAGUGGCCUGGAGAGUACCUCCGUUAAGGACUCGCCGAUGCAGCUGGACGUGUUGGUUGGAGGGGGUGGCAGUGGGGAUGGACAUCAGGAUAGCGACAGGGGUGUCGUUUGCGGGGGCACGGUCAGGGGUUGGUUGCCGGAUGUUGCUGUCAUAUUAUGGAGGAGAAUGUUGGGCGCCCUGGGUGAUGUCAACCAAAUCUCCGAUCCGAAACUGCACGCCCAGGUUUUCGACUACCUAGUCAAAUUGACCGACACUUUGAUCAAAAUUAGUCAAAACCAAGGCGUCUCUCCAGACAACAUGAGCACUCCACAAGCCCCAGAAUUGGUGCCUCCGUUAACGUUAGUGUUACCUUGGUGUUUUGGAGCACUCACCCUUCCGGACACUUACGAAGUAGGAAAGUUGAGCGCUCUAAGACUGCUAUGUACCAUUACGUUGAAUUGCGAUGCUAAGCAUAGGACGUAUCUGCCCAAGUUUUAUUGGUUUUUGCAUUCAGCGUUGACAGGGCCUUCGAAAUCAGCCCACAACACCUGCCUCAAGUACCUGGGUCCUAGAUUUCUGUCUCUCCAACUUCCUGGGUCCUCUUUACUUCUGUUAGAUCUCAUUCAUGCUUGUAACACGGUCUUGAAUAACACUGAAAAACUCGAAUCGACCCCUCGAACCGAGGCGGUCUCAAUUCUAGCAAAUCUUCUCACUGAGCCUGACGAUCUCAGUUCUAUAUCUGUACUACAACCAGAUCAAGAUCUGCACGCUAUGAUGUGUCCUGAUAUCAAGGAGCACGUUGUAAGUAUUCUUCUGAGAACUGGAAAGAGAGAACCGAAAGGCAAAGCAAGGUGUAUAGCUCUCUCAGCUUUAGGUAUAUUUGUAUAUAAGGAACUGAACAAUCAGACAUUCCAUCCAAAGGUUGCCGAUGCGAUUAAUGUUUUAUUAUUAGCUUUAAAGUGUACAAACAAGACGAUAGUACAGCUGACCAGCGACAUCCUGUUCCUGUUGUGUGACCAUGCCCCGUUGCUAUGGCAACACUACCCCCGUUUGGGCAGCGGCGUUGUAAGGGCGCUGUGCGCCACCCUCGCAGCCCAUUCCUCGGACCGUGCACUCAGCGCUGCCCUUCUACUAUGUCUGGGCGAGUGGUGCAUGCGAUUGGGCCCCGCCAGACUCAUGGAGGCAGAGGAGUAUGUCCAAGGAGGGACGAAGGCUAGGUGUCUGCUGCUGAGGGUAUUCUCGGUACUGUAUGACAUAAUAGUAGGGGUCCCAGUCCAAACCGACACUGCGAGUGACUCUGCUCCCCACAACCACCCUACAGCCGACGACUUCGACCCUGACAUCCAGCAGGAUGAUCUAGGCAGUCGGCCUUCCUCGAAGGGCAAUGGCAAGGAUGCUGCUGUCCUUUGCGCAAGGACGGUAAUCGCCCAUCUGGUCACCCAUCUGGGACACUUCCCUAUGGCCAUUGGAGCAGCCCGGUUGAGUUCACUAGUCGCGGAGCACGAUGAUGUCCCUGAUUUAAGUGCUGACGAGUUAUCGACUAGUAUUUUCGAUGCACCCAAUAUACAGUUGUUCAUGUUGUCAAAAGCCGUCAUUGCAAGUCUCAUCGAACUACCUGCGCUGGACUUACCUGGAGGUGGCGUGACAGCUGGUCUGUCAACUGCCGAUCGACAAGUUCGUGUUUUGCUCAGAGACCUGUCUGGAAAAUCAUGUUGGGAUGCCUCCGUCCUCUAUCGAACUCCAGAAAGCCUACCUCGACAGACCGAUGAACACGAUAAUGCAGAAGUUGACGUGCCCUCCGUAACGAUGCGGUCAAAUGUAUUUUCUGCACAGCCAGAAAGCCUAAUGGUAGGUGUCACACCUCUGCAUGCGUUACCUCAACGUGCUAUGCGCCACAGGCCGCCAAACGUUCUACCAGAUGUUUCGAACGCAGCGCCCGAUAUGGAUCAACUAGAUGACCUGUUGCAGUAUAUCGGCCACACGAGCUCCGAGUGUCUCGAGAACAUAUCCAGGAAGUUGAACGAGCCCGCUCCAGCACCGAUGUCCGGCGAUUUAGAAAAUGAAGCCAUAGCGUCUGUAAUAAGCCAAAGAAACAUCGAGUCUGAAGAAAAUAGGCUGGCAUAUCAAACUGAUCAGAUACCGGUCAAGCCUGCUACCAGGCCUUGUAGUAGAACUGAUACCAAAAGUGUGACCUCAGACAGUAUGAAGUAUCAGCAGCAAAGUUUUAGUAGUACUACGCCCCAGAAUGCAUUCCAGUUAUGUCGAUUGUUUUUCUCCCAGCUUGGUUUCGCAGGAUGGGAAAGAAGACAGCAGCUGCAUCUGCUAAAUAAGACUGAACGUUUACUUAGGGAGCUAAGAAAUUUGGAUAAUCAAAGCUGUCGAGAGACACACAAGUUUGCGGUUAUCUACGUAGCUCCCGGGCAAGAAGACAAAAAUUCCAUCUUAUCAAACCAAGGUGGUAGUGUGGCUUAUGAGCAGUUCCUGUCAGCACUUGCUUGGGAGGUUGAAUUAGAGGCUCACACUGGCUUCUUGGGAGGGUUGCAAAGACAAGGAUCCACGGGUUUGACGGCUCCCUAUAUAGCUACAAGCUUCUUGGAGGCAGUUUUCCAUGUGGCCACCAGAAUGCCCAGUGAUACGCCAGAGGCAGUUCUUAGUAAGAUAAGGCAUUUAGGGAAUGAUGAAGUACAUGUAGUGUGGUCGGAGCAUAACAGAGACUACAGGCGCGAUAUCAUCCCAACCGAGUUCUGUGAUAUUUUGAUAGCUAUUUACCCACUAGGAAAUAAUUUGAAUCGCGUCACUGUAAACUGUAAAGCUGACGUACCGCACUUUGGUGUGCUAUUUAAUGAAGCUAUAGUUGAAAGUAAUGUUCUAGCAGGGCUUGUUAGGGCAACUGCCAUAUGUGCAAGUCGAGCCAAAAGGAUGACAUACCAAUUUUACCAGCAGUAUUAUGAGGAAAGGGCAAGAUCGUUGGAGACAGUAGUAACAAAGCACAAACAUAGCUCCACUUAUGAAGAGUUCAUAGCACGUGUAUACAGCCCCGUAAGUGGAUUGGGUGGUGCUUUUAGGAGUGGCGGGCAGCAUAUGAGUGGGAACACUACGGAGUCGUCAACAUCGACAAGCGGAAAUUCAUCUUUGGCCAAUGCUUUGUUAGAUUCGUCUCAUACCCAUAAAGUGCAGCAGAGAUCCGGUGACAAUAAGUUCAGAGCCAACGAAGCUGUAAGAACUAGUUGGUUCAACACAUCAGACGUACAAACCGUCGAGUCGAGCAUAUCUCCAAGGCCUAUGAAGCGAAUCACGUCGAACCUGAAGAAUCCCAGAAAGUCGCUGAAACACGAAACGUCCGUGGAAUCUCCUCCCGAGAGUCCACAGCAGAUGACGAGGAAAAAAUAGUAUCAGAGAUGCCAACCCUACCGAUAUCGCUAAAUCAGAUAGCUUUGAUGGAUCUGUAGACAGAGUCGUAUUAAGUGGGCAAGAUGUUCUCUAGUCGUAACUUGUGGCUCUAUGUAUCGAUUCAUAUUUUUUUCAACCCCAUUGUAUAUUUUAUUGCAUUUCUUCGUACUCGUAUAUUUUAUUGUCAACAUUCCCAGUGAGUAAAGUUAUGUACCUACGUGCAACUAAAGUUUAAUCUGUGUUAGGCAUGAAUAGUUCUUAAUGCGUUCCCAAGUUUCACCAUUAUUCAUUAUUACCAACAGGACAUUACAGUCUUAGCACAAAGAUUUCACUCACUGAUCAGCUGUUUACCUCAAUAGAGCGUAGUAAAGUAUCGUGAAGAAUAGAUUAUAAUUUGUGAGAUAUGUCCGCAUCAGCAUGAAGUGAGAUUAUUGGUGUAAAAGUAUUGAGAACAAAGAUGAAAUGAUAGAUUACCUGAUACAUUUCACAAUCAUAAAUAAUAAGCAAUCACUUUUAUGGUGAUACAGUUUGGUAUCAGUUUGAUAGAAAAGAUUUCAUCUAUGACAGAAAGUUAUGUUUCAUUUGUGUCACUUCUUCAAAACUCCAAACAGCUAUGCAAAAAAGAAAAGUUUGUUGUGGCCUUACUAAGUGCGCGUUAUUUUAAAGCUUUUUUGAAAAGUAAAUUAGAAUCUGCUUUCUAGUGGCGUUAAGUUCGAAUAUUUAAACCAUAAAUAACAUAGUUCAAGUAGCAGUGUGUUAUAAAAUAUCUCACUUUAAAAAUAUUUUUCGAGUAUAACCUAUACAGGGUAAAUAAGUUCUGAGUAGCGGCGUACAGGAGUUAGAUGAUUCUUCUCGUCUGAAAAACUCAGCCUCCUUCAUUGAUAAUAUGCUGUAUAGAUACAGCUCAGUAACUGAUUUUCCCUAAAUAAGUAGUAAGCUUACGCUAACUUUAAGCGUAACAUACAGCAGUUACAAAAUGGACUUUUCGAAUAUGGAAUGGAAUUAGGAUUUAUUUUAUUGUACGUAAACAAGGAAAGGGUUAAGUAAUCGUAGAGAACCAAGGUGAAAUCCCCUUUAUCUUGGAUAUUUAUCUUGCAUUUGCAAUUUUGUAUAUAUAGAGUUUAGAUUGUAAUCAAAAUGUUUGAGGUUGCCAAAAUCCAAGCUGAUAUAAAUAAUUAUCAACUUCCGCAUUAUAGAUCCAUAGUGUCACCAUUUAGAAAAAUAUAUUACCAUUGUAUUUAUCCAAUUGAAGCUCUGUCAAGUUUCCUCUAACAAUAUGUUACAGUGUUACAAAUACUUUGUUUUGCUGUUUUCUAGAUAAAGAUAAAGAGUAAUUAGUUUGUAUGCGAACUUACAUUUUGUCAAUAGAAAAUCACCCUCAUAUGGUUUUAUAUCAUUUUUAAGGUAACAAUAAUAUUUUAAUUAUCUAGUACCUAAUAUAUUUUAAUUUCACAAUGUUAACCGAUCCCAAAGUACAUGUGCCUCUCGAGCAUCCUAGUUUUAAUUUUAUUUAUGGGAUAUGGCAACCUCUAUUUUUGCAGUGUUAUUGGCGCAAACAGACUAUAUUUGUAUAUUUUGAAGAAAUCAAUGUCUGCUCAUUUGCGCUUAGUAUAAGCUAAUAUGGUCAGCAUAUUGUUUUUAUGUUA